CCCGCCAAAGCCGCCACAAUGUUCCGCACAGCCAUUCUCCGAUCCGCCGCUGCCGCGACGCGGACAGCCAUGCGCCGCCCCAUGUCGUCGGCGGCUGCGAGGAGAUUCGCUGUCGCCCCUGCGCCGAGAGUCGCUUCGUUCGUGCCAAAGACGCUCAGUUGGCAAGCGGUUCGGUGCUACGCCUCGGGCAGCUCGCUCGACAAGACCGAGGUCUACGAGCGGAUCAAGCAGCUGCUGUCUGGUUUCGACAAGGUCAACGACCCCAGCAACAUCACAGAGACGGCGCACUUUGCGAACGACCUGGGCCUGGACAGCUUGGACACGGUGGAAGUUGUGAUGGCCAUCGAGGAGGAGUUUAGCAUUGAGAUCCCCGACAAGGAUGCCGACGCCAUCCACAGCGUUGAUAAGGCUGUCGAGUACAUCCUCAGCCAGCCUGACGCGAACUAAGAGAUCGUGCUUCACCGUUUGCCUGUACCAUAUCAUGACAAUUGCAACACGGGGCAUACCCUCGCCGCUGCCUGGACGAUAGACGGGUCUUUUGGUUGGGGAUGUGGUUGUAAUACGGACAUUUUGGGGCUGGCCUGCAUGGAGGAAGAGAUGUCCUGCGUCAAAUUAUUCCAGCAUAUCAAUGCCAGGGCCGGCGAGCGCGUUGUCCUGCCAUCAGAGUUUCUCCUCCGGCCCAUCCUUGCGUAAAACCCAGGCUGAGCUCACUCCAAGUGUUAUACGUCGGUACUCCACAGAUGUUGGGUAUUCUGUAUAUGAAUGCGAGACAAAUAUUGCUAUAUUACACCUUCGUC